AAAGUACCUUUGGCUCAGCUAGAACCAGUUUAGCAGCACAUUUAUGCAGGAACUUAACUUCCUGGAUGGUAUUUUUUCUUGCAUUUUCUGAAUUAAGGGAUGGUGGUGUAGAUGUGCAGCUAAGAAAAGUAGUAACAUAACAUAGCUCAAACAUACUCACAUGAAAUCUGACUGGAUUUUGUGGGACCCGCUUGCCAUGGAUUUGAAUUCCACGCCUUCCAAAUCUAUAUCUUGGGGUAAACACCACUCCACCAUGUUACCUGAAGAGAAGCAAAGUUAUUUGGGUAAGCUUGAAUACAGUACUCAUUUCUAAAGUGCAAAGAGCAUCAACAGCAGGUUGUUGCUUUUAUAACACUGGGAUGCCAGCAGUGUGCCCUAACACAGCUCCUGAACUCCUAAAUUGUCACAGACAGUAGCUGACGUACAGUACUCCACACCUCUCGUGCAAACUUGUUACUGUUGUAACUCAGAUAUUGCAGGAUUUUUGGGACCAUUUCUGAAGCUGGUGCUAGACCGGGGAGCUGUACUUGAUAAGCUUAAUCACAGAGCAGCUACAAUUUUACCUGACAGUGGAUAAGCUUUGGUCUACAUGAGUAUCCCAUACAGAAAGAACCCAAACUAUAGACUGCUGCUCUUUAGGAUGAGUUUCUGUGGUAGCUCACACCACCACCAGUACUGUCCUUUGGCUGUGCUUGGCAGGGCUGGUCAAACAGGAACCCCUAAGCCAUCAUCCCAGUCAUCACUACUUCCCUGAAAUCUCUCCUAUUUUCUUUAGGAUAGGAGAUGUUAGUUGAAGCUUUAUAUGGAGGCUGAGGUGAUCCAGGUACUGCAAUGUGUUUGUGUAUGCUAGAAUAACCAAACAAAACAGCACAUAAACUACAAGCUAGAUCAAGAUUAGCAAAUAUCUGUCACCUGCCAAGCCAGCCAGAAAGCAUGCAGUUGUUCCGGGGAAAAGGCCACCUGAGGAGCCUGAUCCUGGAAUAGAUGAUAUCAGAGAAGUCACAGAAUGUCCCUAAAGCAAAUGAAGUCCAGCAGCAAGUUUACCACAGACAAAAAAAGGAGUGAAUUCUCAUGCUUUCCUGUGCCAGCAUUUCAGAGCCUCACCUGCUUACCUGGGCACUCCCACUGCACUGAGCUGUGCUCCGGGGUUACCCACUGAGUUUCUGUUCUCUGUCAGUCUGCCCACAGCAUUUGAAAUAAUGUGGCUUGGUUUUAAAAACAAGGCAAACAAACAUUCUUCAGUAUAAUGCAGUGGCAGAUGCAGCACAAAGGUGCUUCCUACAGGUACAGUCCUUCCCCUGCCCUUUGGGGUGAGCAUCCCAGCUGUGCUUGCACCAACAGCACAUAUUUGGAAGGGCCUUACACUCAGCUGAGACUCUUGGAGAUAUCUGAAUAUGAGGCCUCAUUUCUGAAGCCUGUCUUUUGUCUCAUUACUCAUACUGCACAAGUACAUGCCUGCAUUCUCACACAGGAAUUGGGCUUAGCUACUGACAUUUAAAUAGGCUAUUUUUCUUCACACAUAGAUGCUGUAUUCAGCAGACCUCCCCCAGCCCUGCCUGGCAAGGACUUCAAAAAAACCCAGCAGCGUUAGGCAUGGCAACAGGAGAAGUUUGCAUCCAACCAACCACUUCCAGUGCACAAGGAGACCUCUCCCGCAGAGCCGGGCUGGCCGGGGAGCAGCAGGAGCCUCGUGACCCCGAGCCCCGCUCUGUGCGAUCACACGCGAAACCACAGAGCUCUGCUGUGAAGCGCCUUCGCCUCUGAGGCGUGUGAAAGGCUGGCAGGGAAAGCCAAUGACAUCAUGUCAGCCUGCGCGGUCCCCUGUAGGUUUUGCAUAUUAUAUAUAGAUGGUGGCUUUUGUUGUUUGGGGUUUUGUGUGGGGGUGGGUUUGGCUUUCUUUUUAAAGGCACAAGACACUUCCUUGAAAGAGUGAGGAACUCAACCUUCGAGACUGACUGUUGCCUCUUAGCCACAAAAUUGUGGUUCAGGCCAAGAUCUGCUUUUAAGCCUUGCACUAGAGAGGAUCACUUAGUGGUAGAUUACCUGUAGAUUAACAGAUCGAUAUACAAGAGUGCCAUCAGCAGCAAAAGAAAUUGGCUUUGCUCAGUUUAGUCACAAACACUGUCAGGUGUCAUAUCCACUGCAGAGGUGUCCAAGUGGACAUGGCUCAAACAAUGUCUGUUCUGUAGCAGUUAUAAGGAAAGGACGACUUGAAACAGAUCUUUGUCCUACAUGUGACCACAAAACCAACUCACAUAUCAUGCAGCUAUUUUUUUUUUUCUGGGAUCUGUCAGGAGCAACCUGCACCUGCACUCCUGGCUGUUCCUCACGCCACCUUGCCCUGGGAACAUACGGGCGACGUGGCAGUCGGAGAACAAACGUGGAGAUAAAAAAAUAAGAAAGUUGGUCUGGUGAAACAGCAGAGCAAACAAAGGAGAGACUUCAAAUGCGAUAGCGACUGCCGGCCUGCCUGAGAAACCGGAGGAGGGAGCAGUGUUGUAGAAAAACAGGAAGCAUUGCCCUUCCCCGUGGAGAAAGCAGGUCUCGUGCACACAGGAAACUUUCCAAGUGAGAGUGACCCAGUGUCAGAGAGCAGGUGAGUCAUUUUGCUGAGAGUCAAAUCUGCGGAUCUGAUCUCUUGGGAGCAAUCUCCCAGCUUCAGGUCAGGUCAGAACCAACACUCAGUUUCUGGUGUGCAAAGUUUUGGAUGUUCUUCCUCUUUCUCUUGUAUUUUCUUUCCACUGGAUUUGCACAUCCUUACAAAAAAGAUAGUUGCACUAGCAUUUGGGGAUCAUCACCUGGCCCUCCUCAGCAUUAGAGCUUUAGGGUACCCAGCUGUGCAGUGCUACCAUGUUGUGCCAGGACAGGAGAAGCAUAAAGUGUGACCUAGCCAUACACAAUGUUCAUCAUGCUGGAGCUGAGGACAGCACCACUGAUUUAGAAGCUGCCUCUGGCUCUUAUGUUCAGUCACUCACACGAGCACUGACACAGUCACAGGGACGCCGGAACUGUAACAGUGACCUGGCAACCCCACAACCCACCUUGUGAACUCACUGCAUGCAACUGCUAUACACUGAGCUCGUCUGCUUCAAGCCCCUCUAAAUUCAGGAGAAAAGCCAUUACAUUCUUUAUUGGCAUAGUCACCACUUCAUCCUUCUACAGUAAAACAUCUCCUGCCCAAUUGCUUGCCUAGUUGAGCAGGCACUACCUGGCAUAACUACCAGCCCAGCCACAACCAGAAAUUUUGCCUUUCAUAUGCCUCAGCAAGCUGCCAAAGGAGGUCUGCUGUGCUCGUCCUGGGCAGGAUCAAGCAGGUUUCCAGCUCAGACACUAACUGGAUGAUUUUCUUUAAGUCACACACACAAGGACCAGAUACCCUUAUGAACAUUACAGAAGUCCUUCACACCAUCUGAUGUGGUUGACCCAGGAAUUGCCAUAUCCUCUUUCUGACUCUAGCAAGUUCAGACCACUCAAGAUCUUUUUUCCAGGUCCGCAUCUUUCAUAGGGCACUUUGCUCUCCACCUGUGAAGCUGACAUGUGUACCUCACAGUCCUGUCAUGCUCCUUACAUUCAUCAUCCAUUCUGAGUAGCAGCUGGAGGAUGAAUCUUCCUGGACUUGACAGACUACUCCAAGGCUGAUGACACCCAGCAUUAAUUGCACAUCACAUGUGAGAAGAGCUGUUUCCCAACUUUCCCUGGACUUCAUUCAAAGCAACAGCUGGCUCAGACAAACUCCUGAGAAAGCUCAGCUUUCUGCCAACCAAGAAAAUCUCACCAUUUCAUAGAAGGCAUAUGCUCUCAGAUUGAAAGACAACCUGCUGUUGCUGCAAUCAUCCAGACUCUUUCAUGUUUUGGAUACUUAGGAGAAACACCUCCCCUUCCCGUCUCCUGUUGGAAAAAUGACAUCUAAUUUCAUUUUGGAUUUUGAAAAGUCAAGAGCCUCUGACCUCUAGACUGAAGACAUCUCUCUCUGGUGCAGUAUGGAAGGGGUAACUUCUUGAAAGCCCUUGGGUGUUUGAGGACACAGCAGCCAUGCUGUCUGCCAGAGUGCAUUUCUGACAGCACAUCACACCUGGGGCUUCCUUCACUACUUCCUUAGAAUUUUCUGUUCAAGAUCAGCAUCCAGCCUUUACUAUCAGGACCCCCUUGUGAGCAUGAUGUCUGUUACUUUCCCUUUCCACUGAAGAACAAACCCCACUAUGCUUCCCAGAGCUCUUUCCUGUCUCUAGUACUUUUGCUAUGGAUUUGCUAAGGAAGUGCCUGUCUACAGAGGAAGGAGGAGCUUGCUCCCACACCUGGAUGCAAAUGGGCUCCUGAAUCUCCCAAGCUGAUUCCUAAACUUUCUGACUGUACCAAGUCUUUCAGCUAUGCACCACUCUUGCCUUUCUACCCCAGGCUGGCACCUGGCAGCCAAGAGACCCAACAAUCUGUCUCAGGACAUCAGACCCGUGCACACCUCUGUUCACAGGUGCCAGGCAGGUGCUAACUUCCUAUCUGUGUUGUAACAUCCUGUUUGUGGAUACCACUGGAGCACAGGACUAGGAAAACAAAGUUAAGAUGUUUUCUGAAAUGCUGAUUUACAGGUUUUAAAUAAAUAACCUCUGUCAGUAAAAGAAAUGAUAGAACACUGAGGUCCAAUAGCACUGAGGGAGACGGCUAUGGCAGCAAAAAGUGGAAAAUACAUUCCCUUGCUGUUUUCCUGUGCCCUCCUGAACUGCAGCACUCCUUCAAAGCACUAAGUCCCAGAGAUCCUACCAGAGGCCAGCUUCUAAACACACCAGUCACUAAGAAAUACACAGCCGAGCUGCUGCUGUUGCUGCCGCCGGAGAUCAUGCCCUGUGAGCCUGCCGGAUUCACGCCUGCCACAACCACCAUCCAUCACCGAUAGCUGCGGGCAGGUCUGCGCCACGCCACGGAGACAGAAGGAUGCUCUCAAGAUGCUCUAACAGGUUGGUGCCCUCCGGGCAGCGCUGACCAGAGGCUCGGCCUGAACCUGUGCGAGGCACAGCGGGUGCCCCAGCGCCGUCCCCAAAAUCCCUGUGCCGCGACUCGCUGUGGGGUAGAGACACCUGUCCCUCUCCUCGGAGCGGUGCCAGGCGCGGCGCCUUCCUCCCGCCAGAACUUCUUCUCGGCGGGAUGGAGACCGAACGCAAUCCCUCUUGCGCUCCGUCUCCGCAAACGCCCCCGGCCCCCGCGGACCCGCGGUCCCCCGUGGGGGCAAGGGGUAGCCCGGCUCCCGCCGCCCGCUCUCCGCUGGCUCCAGCGGCGCUGGGGGAGCGCGGUCCUUGGGAGGCGGGAUGCGGGGGGAGCGGUCCCCAAGGGAUGCCCGGCCCCGGCCGCAUCCAUCUUACUCCGGCGGCAGCGGGAGCCCCAGGCCCGGCCCGCCCGCGCCGCGGCGCCGCUCACCCGUGCGGGGGUCGAAGGUGACCACGAAGACGGCCACGAUCUGGUCCUCCUCCGCCUCCGCCCGCGGCGGCCCCGCCGCCCCCGCCGGUCCCUCGCCGUCCCACGGAGCCGCGCUCCAGCCGCCGACGAGCCGCCGCCCGCCGCUGCUGCUGCUGCCGCUGCUGCCCGGCUCGGCCGCGGGCGGCGGCGCCGACACCGCGGGGCCCUCGGCCCAGAACAGCAGCGGCGCCUCGUCCGAGCGCUCCACCAUGGCCGGGCCGGGCCGGGGCGAGCCGAGAGGAGCUGAGCCGAGCCGAGCCGAGCCGAGAUGAACCGAGUGGAGCCGAGCCAAGAUGAACCGAGUGGAGCCGAGCCGGGCCGGGCCAAGCCGAGAUGAGCCGAGCAGAACCCAGGCCAGUAUCAGCUAUACCUGUUCUGUUUCAUGUGGUGACAUGGGUGACUGGGACAACAGUGACGAAUUCGUUCAGCGGCUGGAUUUUUCCAGUUGUGGUGAAGAGAGUGAAGACAGAAGCAUAAAUGAGGAGGACUCCCUAAACUCGAGCCCUCCCAGGAGGUCCGAGUUCCAGAAGUGGCAAGAGAGCAGUCCUCUGCCAGCAACCCCCCCUCAGAGAAAGUUUAGUGAGAUUUUCCUGAGCAGGACGAAAGCCUGGGUGAGUCCCACCUUGAAGGCUUCCCCAGCCGUGAAUAAGACCUGGGGCAGUGCCGAGACACCACUGCACAUCACCUGGAAAAAGCUGCAGCUGUGUGACACCCCCCACACUCCCAAGAGCCUGUUAUCAAAGACAGCUUUUCCUUCAUCUGGGACAAAGGUCCCAGCCAAAGGCUAUCGACAGCCGAGAUACGCUCCUGGAGCUGACUCAGAUGACUCUACCCAAGCUUCUCUUGUCAACAUUAAUCCCUUUACACCAGAGUCGUAUCGACAAAUGCUCUUUCUUUCUAAUGGCAAGAGGAAGACCAGAGAAGAGCUGAAGGAUCCUCGUCCAAGAAGCCAGAUUAAACAGCAGCUACAUCCACAGAGAUAUCCUCUGAAGGAGAGCAAUAUGGUUUCCCGCUACAAGAAGGAGUUCCUGGAACUAGAAAAAAUUGGUGUGGGGGAAUUUGGCUCUGUCUACAAGUGCAUCAAACGCCUUGAUGGAUGUGUUUAUGCCAUCAAACGCUCCAAAAGGCCUCUGGCAGGAUCCUCGGAUGAGCAGCUGGCACUGCGUGAGGUUUAUGCUCAUGCUGUCCUUGGACACCACCCCCAUGUUGUGCGCUACUACUCGGCCUGGGCAGAGGACGAUCACAUGAUUAUCCAAAAUGAGCACUGCAAUGGUGGGAGUCUCCAAGAUGUGCUGUUGGAAAAUGCAAAGCUGGGGCAGUAUUUCCUGGAAGCAGAGCUGAAGAAAAUAUUGUUACAAGUCUCCAUGGGGCUAAAAUACAUCCACAACUCUGGCCUUGUGCACCUGGAUAUCAAACCUAGUAAUAUCUUCAUCUGUCACAAGCUGGCAGUUGCAGGCCCCUCUGGGCAGGAGAGUGACAGUGAAGAUGAAUUCUCUUCUGGUAUGGUGUAUAAGAUUGGUGACCUUGGACAUGUGACAUCAAUAACAAACCCUCAGGUGGAGGAAGGAGACAGACGGUUCUUGGCCAAUGAGAUUUUGCAAGAGCAAUACUGCAACCUGCCCAAGGCAGACAUCUUCGCCCUGGCACUCACGGUAGCUCUGGCAGCUGGUGCAGCACCGCUGCCUCACAACGGGACCAUGUGGCACCACAUCCGCAGAGGCAACAUCCCACCGAUCCCCCAGAACCUUCCCCGGACCUUUCUUGAGCUCCUUAAGCUCAUGAUCCAUCCUGACCCAGUGGAAAGACCUUCUGCCACAGCUCUGACUAAACACCCUGUUCUCCGUCCUUCAUGUGGAAAAGCUCUGCAGCUCCAGGAAGAGCUAAAUGUGGAGAAAUGCAAGACGGCCAUGCUGGAAAGGGAACUUAAAGCAGCUCGCCUUGCCCAGACCCUCAUGAAGGACCAAGCCUUAGGAAGUGCCAAGUUGCAAGAGUCUGAAACCUCUUCUAAGCAGAAGAGCAAGCGCCUGGUGGGAGGGAAAAGCUGUCGCUCAUUUAGCUUUACUCUGGGUUACUGAAUUUUUGUGUUGUCCAAAAAGCUCUGACUGCUGAAGGGCCCUGUGAAAGCUGAGGGUCUGCACCGACCAAUGCCCCAUAUUAUCUCUCCCUGUCGUGUUCUUUUUUUGUAACCUCCUUAGUUGUUGGCUGAGGGAAGAAUGACUGGCUUACAGGUGUUGGAUCAGGGAAUUUAAGGUUAUUGUCCCCAGUCUUUUAACUGUUAAAUUUCUUGUGUAAUUGCUCUUGACUAAGUGUAGCUCUGCCAAACAAGGGAAAGGAUGGCAUUUUCUCUCCUUACUUCCCUCUUUCUUUAGUUGGGCCCUGUUAUUGAUGAUUUUGUGGUCUUAAUGCUCUGGCUGAGUGUAUCUUUAAAGGGGCAAUAGUGGCUGUACAUGGAGACAGCAUCUACAGCAGGGCCCUUCUAGGAGUGAGUAGGCAGAGACUAUGGCUGUGUUAACUACACAUCAGGAGACAGGCUGGUUACAUAGCAGUCCUGGUGGACUUGGGAUGCAAUUGGAGUGGCAUUUCACUGAUGGGGGACAAAGAGUAAAAGGAAACACUGAGUUAAGGAAUGGAAGCUGAAGAAAAACUUUCCUUCCCUUAGCUUUCAGCAACAAAAUAGCUGGGUAAGCUUAUUCCCUGAUGCCUGAGUUGUUUUCUGUCGAUCGGCAAGGACUCCUUGUUCAAGUCGGGGAGAGGUGGCUGUGGUGUGCUGGUAGCUGGAUCUGGUACCCGCUUCUCUUCCAGUACCUCACACUUGGUGCAGCUGCCUGCCCGCAAACUGCACCCUUUCAGCAAAGAUGAGGGGAAUCAGAAAGGGCUUUUCCAGGUUUUUGGAGUUGCCCAUAUAAACUGUGGUAUGUAUUUCGUAUUUAUUAGACCUCACACUACACCACACCCUCCCCCUCCCCUCUAAAUGUAUAUUUGUGGGUCCUGGUCGGCUGUGUCCUGUUUGGACAGAGUGUGCUGCACUGUUACGAGGGAGAAUGUAAACUUGGUAACUCGCUUAUUUCCAGUUCUUAUUGAAGUUUGUUUUAUGAUGCUGGCUUUUAACUGUUAGAUCCUAUAUUUUCAGAACUGAAAAGCGCAAAUAAACAUUUUAUCUUAAUUUUUUUAACCGA